UCCUAUAGCCAAGCCCCACCCACGAGGUGCAUCUGACCAAUGAGAGGGGAGUACGGCAGAUGGGGUUAUAAAGGCUGUGGUGAUGCAGGCCAGGUUUGUUUUGCCCUCCAUUUGAGACUUGAGGCCGUGAGGGAGGAAGGACUUUUCAGAGGAGACAGAGAGCAGACAGACCUGGAAACAGCUGGUAGGAGCGUCCACAUGCUAUUCGUCCUAGGCCACACUCAUUGCUAUUCCUUAAUGAGAAAGCUUUACUGAGUUUACUGAGAUUAUCUCCACUUCUAGCCUGACCGUACGUGUAUUACAAUUACAGUCAGGGAAGACAGAGGAGGGAGACCAGACAGAACACGACAGAACAGAUAGAGCGAGAAAGAAAAGGAGAGGCGAAAAGCGAGGGAGCAACGGAGCAGAGAGGGGCGAUGAGAGAGGAGGUGUCCUGUGCCAACUCACCCGAAGGGGGCAUGGGCGCCAGCGAAGAAGAGCUGGAGCGCUCCUCCAAGAAGUGCCCGUCCGGAGGCCCGGGUCGUAAGCGGCUGCCCUCGCCCAAGAAGGCCUGUGCAGGGAGCGGGCGUGGAGGGGAGGACAGGCCUUCCUCGGCCAGCCCCACCAGCCUGGUGGCCAGCGGGCCCAAGCGCCCCAAGAAGAGCUCCCCGUCGGCAUCGGCCGUGGCGCAAGCCAACAUGGCCACCGUCUCCAUAGCGACGGUGAUCACGGGGCCGCCAGGGCCCGAGGCACCGCUGGAGGACCUGCACACGCAGCGCGUCAUCGCCAACGUGCGCGAGCGUCAACGCACGCAGUCGCUCAACGACGCCUUCGCCUCACUGCGCAAGAUCAUCCCCACGCUGCCCUCGGACAAGCUGAGCAAGAUCCAGAUCCUCAAGCUGGCCUCGCGCUACAUCGACUUCCUCUACCAGGUGCUGCAGAGCGACGAGAUGGACGCCAAGCUGGCCAGCUGCAACUACCUGGCCCACGAGAGGCUGAGCUACGCCUUCUCGGUGUGGAGGAUGGAAGGAGCCUGGUCCAUGUCUGCUGGACACUAACCACUUUCCUAUCCCCCGACUCCCACCCACCCCAAAACUCCCUGACCUCUCACCUACCCCUUUCCUGUUCUUAGCCUCCAUUACCUAACCUACAACCAACACUCUAAUUUGGCAUAUUUUGCCUGAAACCUGUGUGCUCAAAUCUGCUUUCUGCAAAGAACUGUGCCACUGUAGGCCCCAGUACUGGCCACACUCACCCCUUCAGGGUAACUAAUUCUACUUGAAAAGUCAUGUCAGGUCUGUGUAAAAAAAAAAAAAAAAAUCUCAUUUAUUUAAAUCAACCACCCAGCUUCAAUCUGUCUGUAGACUAACCCAUCUGCCAGUCCUCAGCGCUCAUAGUCAGAUGUAAAGCUGCCAGAGCUAACCUUGAUGCUUCUCCAAGCCUCUCGAACUCCACACCUUUCUCUCUCUUCCUCUCUUUUUGCCCUCUUUUCAUCCAGCUCCCCUGGGCAAACCACGCUGCAGACAGGCAGUUCAGAACAUUUGAAAAUUCCCUCUGCGAAGACCUGCAACAUACCUCCAUCUUCACCUGCUUUCCCUAAUCGGACUCACAUCCCUAGCACCACUCUCCAUUCCCAUCUCCCUCUCCUCUCCUGACACUGCGAGCAGAAGUCUGGACAGUUCAUUCCGAAACUCGCCCGGAUAUCCUCAGACCACACCGGCCUGUGUGUCAACCUGACCCUUCCCUUGUACCCACGCUGAGGACAGACCGAGAUCCCAUUUCGCUCAAGCUGUGCUCUUUCAACCUCGGUGCACAGUGAAAACAAAAACUGGACACUAGUAUCUUAAGUCUUAGGGGGCAUCACUGGACAUAACCCAGACAAGAACCAAAUCAUGAGAGACCCUAAAAUGUGGGUUGAAACACAAAAAGUGUGUAUGUAAUGGAAAAUGGUAGCCUGCAGGUUUGGUUGCCAGUGGCAACAACAGUAGGUGUUGGCUGCAUGCUGUUCUGACACCACAUCAAAGAGACUGACUCUCUGUCACACCUAGUGAAUGUUGCAAGAUGCUAAUAAGCUAAACAAAAAAAAGAAAAGAAAAAGGGAAAGCAACGCGUUGUGUGUGCUGUGUUGGGACACUUCUAUCGGUGACAGACUUGCUGUGCUUCAUUCAGCUUUAUAUGUGUAUAGUACUAUUCUUUGUGUAUGCUCAAUAACUGAGCGUACAACAUUUGUGUGUCGUUGGGGCAAUGUAGCAGACCUUGCUAAUCAAGGGUUGACAACACCAUGCUGCAAACCCCAGUAGUCAAUGUGAACACUCUUCAAUGAUGGGACAUGAACACAGUCCCAUAACAGUCUCGCAGGGAUGUCUUUCAGCCAUGGGUUGUGGCUACAAGGCUAAAACC